AUGGCCCCCCGCGCUAUUUCCGCCGCGCUACUCAGCGCCUUCGCGUCGACCGUCCUCGGCCACGGCAUGGUCACCAGCUUCGCAACCGACGGCACGGAACACCAAGGCUUCAUCCUCGACUACUACUACGACAAAGUCAACGGCGCGCCAGUGCCCGACAUCGCGGCGUGGUACGCAGAGAACCUCGACAGCGGCUUCGUCGCGCCCAACGCGUACCAAACCGAAGACAUCAACUGCCACAUCAACGCCACGCCCGGCACCCUCGCCGUUGAGGUCAAGGCCGGCGGGACGGUGCAGUUCAACUGGCCCGCCACCUGGCCGCACCCGUACGGUCCCAUCCUGACCUAUGUCGCCAAGUGCGCGGGCGAGUGCACGGAGGCGGAUAAGUCGUCGCUAAAGUGGGUUAAGAUUCAGGAGCAGGGGAUCGACUACGACUCGCAGGUGUGGGCGUCGCAGGUGCUGGUGGACCAGGGCGGCAAGUGGGAAACCAAGGUUCCCGCGAGCCUGGCGUCGGGGAACUAUGUCUUCCGUCAUGAGAUCAUUGCGCUGCAUGGCGCGGGCAGCCCGAACGGCGCCCAGAAUUACCCGCAGUGCUUUAACAUUGCUAUUACCGGCGGGGGGUCGGCCAACCCGGAGGGCACGCUGGGCGUGGACCUUUACAAGAGCGACGACCCGGGCAUUUUGUUCAACCCGUAUGUGACUAUCAAGGACUACACCAUUCCGGGGCCGAAGCUGUUCUCCGGUUAG